GAUCCCAAAGAAGAGUCGCGUCCCGGGGCCAUGGCGGUGACUCUGGACAAAGAAGCUUAUUACCGACGUGUGAAAAGACUGUAUAGCAACUGGCGGAAAGGAGAGGAUGAGUAUGCCAACGUUGAUGCCAUUGUUGUUUCAGUAGGUGUUGAUGAAGAGAUUGUCUAUGCCAAAUCUACUGCCCUUCAGACAUGGCUCUUUGGAUAUGAGCUAACUGAUACUAUUAUGGUGUUCUGUGAUGACAAGAUCCUCUUCAUGGCCAGCAAGAAAAAAGUAGAGUUCUUGAAACAAAUUGCUAACACCAAGGGUAAUGAAAAUGCAAAUGGUGCUCCUGCCAUUACACUGCUGGUUCGAGAAAAAAAUGAGAGUAACAAAGGCAACUUUGACAAAAUGAUCGAAGCCAUUAAAGAGAGCAAGAAUGGCAAGAAGAUUGGCGUAUUCAGCAAAGACAAAUUUCCUGGAGAGUUCAUGAAGAGUUGGAAUGACUGCCUUAACAGAGAGGGCUUUGAAAAAAUCGAUAUCAGUGCAGUUGUGGCAUAUACCAUUGCUGUAAAAGAGGAUGGAGAGCUUACUUUGAUGAAGAAAGCAGCUAAUAUCACCUCUGAAGUCUUCAACAAAUUCUUCAAGGAAAGAGUCAUGGAGAUUGUUGAUGCAGAUGAGAAAGUUCGUCACAGCAAAUUGGCUGAGUCUGUGGAGAAAGCCAUUGAAGAAAAGAAGUACCUGGCUGGAGCAGACCCAUCUACAGUGGAAAUGUGUUAUCCUCCCAUUAUCCAGAGUGGUGGCAACUAUAAUCUCAAGUUCAGUGUAGUUAGUGACAAGAACCACAUGCAUUUUGGGGCCAUCACCUGUGCCAUGGGUAUUCGCUUCAAAUCCUACUGCUCCAAUCUCGUACGUACCCUGAUGGUAGAUCCUCCUCAGGAAGUCCAGGAGAAUUACAACUUUUUGCUCCAGCUACAGGAAGAGCUGCUGAAGGAGCUGAGACAUGGUGUAAAACUGUGUGAAGUAUACAAUGCUGUCAUGGAUAUGGUCAAGAAACAAAAACCAGACCUGCUAAAUAAAAUCACCAAAAAUCUUGGGUUUGCAAUGGGAAUUGAAUUCCGUGAAGGAUCCUUGGUAAUCAAUAGUAAAAAUCAGUACAAGUUGAAAAAAGGAAUGGUUUUUAGCAUCAAUAUGGGAUUCUCAGACCUAACUAACAAGGAAGGAAAGAAGCCAGAAGAGAAAACCUAUGCCCUCUUCAUUGGUGACACAGUUCUUGUUGAUGAGGAUGGUCCAGCUGUUGUCCUCACAUCUGUCAAGAAAAAAGUGAAGAAUGUGGGCAUAUUCUUAAAGAAUGAGGAUGAAGAAGAAGAGGAAGAGGAGAAAGAUGAAGCCGAGGACCUUUUGGGACGGGGUUCAAGAGCAGCCUUGCUCACAGAGAGAACACGAAAUGAGAUGACUGCGGAGGAGAAGAGGAGAGCACAUCAAAAGGAAUUGGCCACACAACUCAAUGAGGAAGCCAAAAGACGUUUGACUGAACAGAAGGGAGAACAACAGAUUCAGAAAGCUCGAAAAUCUAAUGUAUCCUACAAGAACCCGUCUCUGAUGCCUAAGGAACCACAUAUCCGUGAAAUGAAGAUUUAUAUUGAUAAGAAAUAUGAGACCGUAAUAAUGCCUGUGUUUGGCAUUGCAACACCCUUCCACAUUGCCACAAUCAAGAAUAUCAGUAUGUCUGUGGAAGGAGACUAUACCUACUUGCGAAUCAACUUUUAUUGCCCAGGCAGUGCUCUGGGCAGAAAUGAAGGCAACAUUUUCCCCAAUCCAGAGGCUACAUUUGUCAAGGAAAUCACAUAUCGAGCUUCAAAUAUGAAGGCACCUGGAGAACAGACAGUACCAGCCUUAAAUCUUCAAAAUGCCUUUCGAAUUAUAAAGGAAGUCCAAAAACGGUAUAAGACUCGGGAAGCAGAAGAAAAAGAAAAGGAGGGCAUUGUGAAACAAGAUUCACUAGUAAUCAAUCUUAACCGGAGUAACCCCAAGCUAAAGGAUCUGUAUAUCCGACCCAACAUUGCCCAAAAGAGAAUGCAGGGCUCUCUUGAAGCUCAUGUCAAUGGUUUCCGUUUCACAUCAGUUCGGGGGGACAAAGUGGAUAUUCUCUACAAUAACAUUAAGCAUGCUUUGUUCCAGCCCUGUGAUGGGGAAAUGAUCAUUGUCUUACACUUUCACCUCAAGAAUGCCAUCAUGUUUGGGAAAAAACGACAUACUGAUGUACAAUUUUAUACUGAAGUGGGAGAAAUCACCACUGACUUGGGAAAACACCAGCAUAUGCAUGACCGAGAUGACUUAUAUGCUGAGCAGAUGGAAAGAGAGAUGAGGCACAAGCUGAAAACAGCCUUUAAAAACUUCAUUGAGAAAGUGGAAGCCCUAACCAAGGAGGAGCUGGAGUUUGAAGUGCCUUUUAGAGACUUGGGGUUUAAUGGAGCCCCCUACAGAAGCACCUGCCUGCUACAGCCCACUAGUAGUGCACUGGUGAAUGCUACAGAAUGGCCACCUUUUGUGGUGACAUUGGAUGAAGUGGAACUGAUUCAUUUUGAAAGGGUCCAGUUUCAUCUGAAGAAUUUUGAUAUGGUAAUAGUCUACAAGGACUAUAGCAAGAAGGUGACAAUGAUCAAUGCCAUCCCUGUGGCCUCUCUUGAUCCCAUCAAGGAGUGGUUGAAUUCCUGUGACCUGAAGUACACUGAAGGAGUACAGUCCCUCAACUGGACCAAAAUCAUGAAGACUAUCGUGGAUGACCCUGAGGGCUUCUUUGAACAAGGUGGCUGGUCUUUCUUGGAGCCUGAAGGUGAGGGUAGUGAUGCUGAGGUAGGAGACUCAGAGUCUGAAAUUGAAGAUGAAACUUUUAAUCCUUCGGAGGAUGAAUAUGAAGAAGAGGAAGAGGAUAGUGAUGAAGAUUAUUCCUCAGAAGCAGAGGAAUCUGACUAUUCCAAGGAGUCACUGGGUAGUGAAGAGGAAAGUGGAAAAGACUGGGAUGAACUAGAGGAAGAAGCAAGAAAAGCUGACCGUGAGAGCCGAUAUGAGGAAGAAGAGGAACAAAGCCGGAGCAUGAGUCGGAAAAGAAAGGGUUCUGUGCAUAGCUCAGGCCGUGGCUCCAGCCGUGGCUCCAGACACAGCUCUGCACCACCCAAGAAAAAGAGGAAGUAGAUUUGAACUUUCACCCUAUAAUCUCUUCUUCCUCCAGCCAACCCCUGAAUAUUUUACAUGACAUAGAAACUGUAUUUUUCCCUUCGUUUUCUUUGACUUUUUUGCCAUUUGUGUUCAUGGGUUUGGGGGCCAUUUUGUAUGGACCAAUCUACUCAGUGAAUUCCAGGCCCCACCAGCCUACAUGUCCUGAGACCACGACGUUCACCAAUGGCCCCACACAGAUGCCACGGGAAGAAGUAUUCUUGAAGGCCAGAGGCAUCAGCUAUUAAUAUAGUUUCCUUCCUCUCUUUUUAUCUGUCGUCCUCUGCCAGGAAGACUUUGGCUUCCGAUUACGAUACCUAUAUGUAACCCAUUUCUAAGGGACUUGGGUUCUGAGCCACUUGAAUUCUGUGGCAGCUCAAAGGUAUCCUUUUUAUAGAGUGGUAUAUAGGGCAUUGCUCAGUCUCUCCUGUCCCAGCCUAUUGCCAUAACCUCUUCCCUCCCCUCCCCCCUUCUCCCCCCCCCCCCAAGUUCUUGCAGUACUCAGAAAAGGCUCUUUUUGGGGGUGAUCAGCGGUUUCUCAAGGCUGUCAUCCAUAGGCUCCAUGUAGCAAAUUCAAUCAAAAAUUGUCGGUCUCCCUUCUCAACUCAUGCAAAGUCCUCCUGUCUCCAAAGAUGAGACAAGCUGUGCUUUCUUGCCUAUCACACUUUUCCCAUUGAUUCAUAAAUGACAGGAUGGGCAAGAGAAAAAUACCAUUUUUUCUGUACCAACUUCUCAUUCAAGAAGGAAUAGUUGUGCCUCAUUCAAUUCCUAAUGAAAUUAAGAGGGUUGUUUUGAAGCAACAAUAAUUCUGGAUAAGAAAAGUUAAUCAGUAUCCUAAAAGAUCAUAUCAGGGAAAGGAAGGAAAGAAAGACAACACAGCCACUGGUCACUGUUCUUCAUUUUUACUUGUCUUGCAUUGUCCUGUAUUUAUCACAGUUUCUGUUGAACAGGUUUUUUUGUUUUUAAGUAUUUGGGAGGGGUUUUUGCUUGCCAUCUCCCCUCCUAGUCCUCUGCACUCACCCGUCCCAGAACAGAUUAUUCUGUGUCCUGUGACUUUAGGAGAGAGAGGGGAACUUUUUGUUUUAUUUGUUUUUUCUCCUUAGCAGUAGGACUUGAUAUUUUCAACUUUGGAAGAACUAAAAGAUGAAUAAAAUGUGUUUUUUUGUAAGUUCA